AUGAUGGGCGUUCGUCGGUUUGUUUUGGCUGCUUUAUUCGCACAUUGCCUCGCCAGCGAAACCACCUUCAGCGUCAACGAUGACCUCUUCGCUUUCCCACAGUAUUCGGUCGAAUUCGCGGACGCGUACAUCCUAGAAGCCGAUGCAGCAGCCUACUUGGCGAACGAUGGAACGAAGCUUGCUGGCCAUGCCGAAGUACCCUCGAAACUGGAUCAUAACACCUAUGGGUCAGAUGCAGGACAAGACUCCCGCCCAAGUGGCACGUACGAACGUCUCCUCCUCGAAGGCUACCCGCACCUCUGCUUCAUUCCAGAAGCCAAGUCGGGCGCCGACAAUGCCACCAAGCAAGAACCAUCCGCCACAGACCGUGAGAAAGAGUUGGACCGUGCAGUCAUUCGAGGAUCAGAGCUGCUGCAGGGCAUGGCAUCGAACCAAUGCCUCUAUUACUCUACCGGCUGGUGGACAUAUUCAUUCUGUUACAACGCGCAAGUGACGCAGUUCCACGCACUGCCACCGGGAACGAACGGGCGCGUGUGGCCUCCGCAAGAGGAUCCUACUGUACCCAGCUUCGUCCUGGGCAGGUUUGAGGGACAGAAGAAUAAAAAGACCGCCGAACACACCUCUUCGGAGCAAGCGGUCUCUACAGAGGUCCAGACACAAGCAGAGACCAAUUACCUUGUUCAGCGCCUCGAAGGGGGGACGCCAUGUGAUCUGACGGGCAACAACCGCAAGAUCGAGAUUCAAUUUCACUGUAACCCCCAACUUACUGACCGUAUCGGCUGGAUCAAAGAGACGGCGACGUGCGCGUACUUGAUGAUCGUCUACACCCCGCGACUAUGCAACGAUGUCGCCUUUCAACCUCCCAAAGAGAGUCGUGCACAUUCCAUUACUUGCACCGAGAUCAUCUCGGAAGGAGAAGUUGAGUCGUGGGAGGCCCGUGGUGAAGAACUAAGUCCAAGCCAGACACUUGAACCAGGUGAAUCUCAACGGAUCGUCCUCGGCAAUGUCGAAAUCGGAGCGAAGAAAUACAUUGGCCACGAGGGCAAGAAGCUUGAGCGAGGGCGUAUUGUGCUCACGCAAGACGAGAAGGCAGAUAUCCUCAUCAUGCAGAAGAACGGACAAGUUUCGAGUUUGUCCGCGGCAGACAUGAAGAAGCUUGAUAUUAGUCCAGAGGAAGUCGAAUCAUUCCGUAUAGAACUCCAGAAGAUGGCGGGUACCAAAGACUGGAAGAUUGAACGACUCGACGACGUCAACGGCCACAUCCAACUACGAGGUGUAGUUGCGUCGGACGAUGAGGAAGAGGGCGAGGGCGAGGCCAAGACCCCAGAGGACGCCAAAUCAGCUGAAACCAACGAGGACGAAGGAGCAGAAGUCGCUGGGAGUCAAGAAGAAUACAAAGGAGAAUUGUGA